AUGGACGACGCUGAUCGGCCCGCCGUCGCGGCCGGCGACCGGCCUUCGGUGGUCGCGGGGGAUGGUGGCAUGGACGCGCCUUGUCCCGAGCGGUGCGAGGCUCUGGCCACGGUAGUUGCGGUGGUGCUAGGCGGUGCGCUGCGUGAGCACGAGGAGCGGGUGGUCGCCACUGCCCGGAGCCAGGACGAGGUCGCGGUCACCUUCGACUGCCUCAACGAAGAACUAGACAAGCUAUUAGAGAACGCACCCUCGAUGGUAAUAAUGCAACACGCAGCAAGGAUCUCUUCUAUCCGCAAGAGAAUUUUAGCACUGAACAUGCUACUGAAGUCCAUACAGAGACGCAUAGAUAACAUUGAUAGAAUUAUUUCUACUGGUGCAACAAGUGGUACUGCUCAUAAUAACAAUGUUGUUACCUGAUUUUUUAUCUGUGGAUGAAUCAUUAUGGUGGACACAUUGCUUUGUGUUUGCAGAUCAUUUGUCUCCUGUACAGUUUGAAAGCCUGAAGUCAAGUUGGAUUAAGAUGCACCGCUUAGUUCUUCCUUGUAUUAUUGCCUAUUUAUCUGUGGGGUCAUCAUGAUAAACCUGAACAAACAAUAGCUAGUAAAAGUAUGCUGAUGGCUUUCUGUAUUAUGGAGCUACUGCUGUGGAUGCAGGCCUCAGUAAUUUUUUAAAACAGUAGUUGAGAGAUCAAAUUAAAUUUCGUAGAGCUGGAGAGGUGAGGUUUUCCUGCUUUUGCUAUAUUGUUGUGCUAGAAAUAAAUAAAUAAUAAACAGCACAAUGAUCGGAUAAGAAAAUAUCUUAAAUCUCUGUUUUUUUGCCACAAUUGCAGGCUUGUUUACUUAGUUGCAUCCGAACACUGGUGCUCUGAAUUGUAGGUUCUAGAAGAGAAGUUCCAGCUGCGUUCAUC